AUGACGAGCCCACCGCCGUAUCCCGGCCCGGGGGCCUUCUACCCUCAGCCCCCUCAACCAUAUCCUGCCUAUUCACCAGGAACAUACCCAGCCGGGCAACCAGGCUAUGGGGGCUACCCGCCAUACGGCCACUCAGGUUACCAUCCUCACGCCGCGCCUCUCCCGCCGGGUUACGUCUAUGGGCCGGGACAUGCCGUGUACGUGAUGGAAGACCGGAGGAGAGACGAUACCACGUUGUCCACCUGCCUGCAGGCCUGUUUAGCAGCUCUCUGUUGCUGCUGCCUGUGGGACAUGAUGACACCCGACUGCCACUGA